UCUCUGAGGCUGCGUAACCAGCUUCAGGAAGAGGCCGUGAGAGAGACACCGUCAGGCUGAGGUUGCUGCAAGAGGUUAUAGAACAAGAGUCCCAUUAAACUUAUUCACGAUACAUAUCGAUUUAAGUCAGAUACAGAGCCAUGAAUGCUGAUAUUCUAAAAGAGCGGCAAAACGCCACUUUUGACGUCGAGAAACUGACCAACAUUUUGGAUGGGGGCCCAGAAUUCACUACAAGAAGACGAGAAAUUGAGUCAAUGGUUCUCAACGACCCAGACUUUAUGGAGGAGGACCCAAACUUCCUGUCCCGCAGUGAGCGCUAUGACCAGGCUGUUAGAAAAAGUGCCCAAAUGAUCCUGAAGCUCAGAGAGUACGGCAUUGCAGACCCAGAGGAGAUCUACUGCUAUAAGAGUAUGGCUAUUGGACCCCGACCUGAACCCGUGGGACUACACUUUGUCAUGUUUCUCCCAACCCUGUACAACCAGUGCGAACCUGAGCAGUGCAGGAAAUGGUUACCUCUGGCCGAGUCCUUCCGGGUCGUGGGCACAUAUGCCCAAACUGAGAUUGGUCAUGGCACCCACCUCAGAGGGCUGGAGACCACAGCCACAUAUGACCCAGCCACACAGGAGUUUGUGUUGAACAGUCCCACAGUCAGCUCCAUCAAAUGGUGGCCUGGAGGACUUGGAAAGACCUCAAACCACGCUAUAGUUCUAGCCCAGCUCUACACACAGGGAAAUUGCCACGGUUUGCAUGCUUUCAUUGUCCCCAUCCGGGACAUGAACACACAUGUACCCCUGCCAGGUAUUGUUGUUGGAGAUAUCGGCCCCAAGUUCGGUUUUGAUGAAAUUGACAAUGGCUACCUGAAAAUGGAGAAUGUUCGAAUCCCACGGGAGAACAUGCUGAUGAAAUAUGCCAAGGUGGAGCCAGAUGGAACUUACAUGAAGCCACCAAGUACCAAGCUGACCUACGGCACCAUGGUCUUCAUCCGCUCCAUGAUUGUAGGAGAGUCAGCCCGGGCCCUCUCCAAGGCCUGCACCAUCGCCAUCCGCUACAGUGCUGUUCGUCACCAGUCUGAAAUCCGUCCAGGAGAGCCAGAGCCCCAGAUCCUUGACUUCCAGACGCAGCAGUACAAGCUCUUCCCUCUGCUGGCUACAGCCUACGCCUUCAUUUUUGUCGGCCAGUACAUGAAGAACACAUACAGUCGCAUCAGUGGAGACAUCAACCAGGGGGACUUCAGUGAACUGCCCGAGCUCCAUGCCCUGUCUGCAGGACUGAAGGCCUUCACCACGUGGACAGCCAACGCUGCCAUUGAAGUUUGCCGCAUGUCAUGCGGGGGCCAUGGUUACUCUCGCAGCAGCGGCCUGCCGGACUUGUACGUCAACUUCACCCCUACAUGCACCUACGAGGGAGAGAACACAGUCAUGAUGCUGCAGACUGCACGAUACCUGGUGAAGAGCUACCAGCAGGCUAAAGCAGGCCAGCAGCUGAGUGGCAUUGUGUCGUACCUGAAUGAAGCAGACCACAGGAGGGUGCAGCCCCAGCCUGUCAGUGCUAGGCCAACAGUGGUUGACAUUAAUGACCUGGCCAGCCUGGUGGAGAUCUACAAACUACGAGCUGCCAUUCUAGUUGGGAUGGCCGCUAAGAGCAUCCAGCAGGAGUUGCAGCACAGGAAGAAUCAGGCGGACGCCUGGAACAACAGUGCUAUUGACCUGGUCAAAGCCUCAGAUGCCCACUGCCACUAUGUUGUAGUGAAGCUCUUUACUGACAAGCUGGGGGAGAUCGGAGACACAGCAGUACACUCAGUGGUUUCAAGCCUGGCUCUGCUCUAUGCCCUGCACGGCAUCACAGUGAAUUCUGGAGAUUUCCUACAGGCUGGACUGCUGAGUGUUCCCCAGGUGCUGCAGAUUUCUAUUCGUAUCAAGGAGCUGCUGUCUCAGCUGAGACCCAAUGCUGUUGCACUGGUAGAUUCCUUUGACAUUCACAACAAGAAGCUGAAUUCCGUCCUUGGACGAUAUGAUGGGAACGUGUAUGAGAACAUGUUUGAGUGGGCUCGCCGCUCACCCCUAAAUGCCACAGAGGUUCAUGAAUCUUUCCACAAGUACCUGAAGCCUCUGAGGUCCAAACUGUGAGCUGACCCUUUCACCUUGAUUCCUGGCCGUGACUUUUCAAGUCUGUGCACAUAGACACAACACUAACAAUAUUUUAUCAACCUUAUGAUGAUCUUCACUCAUGAUCAACUAGUGUUGAAGGAAGUUAGCCUCCCACUUUGCUUCAUGUGGUCAAGUUGAACACUGUAAUCGGUCUCUGUAUACUGCUGGAGCGAUGUUGACUGAAUGUUUGGGUAAUGAAGUUAUGGUUGAUAAAGAGGGUUAAUGGAAACAAGGAUGGAAACUCACCUAUGAAAUCACAUUAAUUUUAGCCCAAAAAUAGCUUUUAAGAAUGAAGUACUUUCAGUUUUAGAUUGCUGUGUUAUCUGCAGAAAAAAUCCAUUGUAAAGAUUCUUAGUGUUUGGUUUCCCCACAUCUUUUCUCCACGUUCCACUGCGUGCCUGAUGACUCCUGUGUGCGAGACGGUCAAGAUGGUAAUGCCAAAAGAACAGAAUGUUAUAAUGAACGUUAUGUAAUGCCGGAGUGUUUUAUAUUUGGAGCAGAUGCAUUGUAUAAUCAGUUUUGGUUGUUUCCCCUGACUACAGCACGUUCUUUGACAAGAAACGGUCAUAAUAAUUAUUAAUGAGGCAUUCAUGCAUUCACCUUUAUCAAUUGAUGUCAGCAUCUAGAAUGAAUUGUGUAAGGUUGGAGCAACUUCUCUCGCUCAUUAUUCCAUACCCUUAAAUUUCGUUAGACAAGAAGCCCAGCAAAUAAGAACAGAGGUCCAACAGAAACACCUGUGAAGAUAUAAAAAAAUAUUUCUUUAUGAAAUACAGUUUUGAAAAUGUCAAUAGACAAAACCUGUGCUUCAGAGCUGUAGAAGAUUACUUUGCCUUAAAAGUCCCCAUCAAACUUUUCUUUACAGCCUUAAUGAUUUUAGCAUCAAAUAGUCUCCUUCUUAAGGCUAGAAAAGGUUAAUGUUGGUAGUUUCCAGAACCGUUGAAUUCAUGUAACAAUUAUCUGUAAUGCAACCAAGUUUAUUCCACAGAGGUAUGACAAUCUCCCUUUUAAUCUCUGUCCUUUCAAAUCUCAUAUUAUCAUCAAAGGUUGAGCGACUACUCUGUUGAAUCCAGUAACCAGUACAGAUAACAUAAAGAACAGAAAUGUGUCUAUCUGUACCUUUUGAUGACAGCAAAAUCCUCAUUGGGUAGCUGAAGUUUAUUAAUUCAAGUUUAUAACAAAAUAUUCUGUAAAUAGCUCUCAUAUUCUUGUGACUGAAAACAUUGAUCAGAGGCUCAAUUCUGAGGCUGUUCUGUAAGUACUUUUCAAACAGAUAUCUAGUGAUCUCUGAUCAACCCUUUCCAGCAAGUCCAACCAAUUUCCUGUUCAAGAACCACCGAUUUCCUGUUUAUUUCCCGCCCUUUCAGAGUGUCGGUACAGAUCAGAUGAUUUUCUACUGGUUCAUCCCUAACUGUCACAUUUCAGUGACAUAUAUGUUAUUACAUGAUUCUACUCCACUUAUAGACACUCAGCUGAGAGCAGAGAGCCCCACAAAGAGACUUACCUGAGAUGAAAUUAACCACUUAGGGGUGACUUGUUAUAUAUUCCUUAAUUUCUAAGAAAAUGAAUGGUUUCACAUUGUCCACAUGCUUUUUAAUGUGUUUGUUGGACAAAAAGUGAUGUCAAGCAUGUAAAAAGGCCACAUAUGCACUGUAUAUGUGAAGAAAUAUUCUCCCUCCCUGCUGUGUGGGGUUGAUGUAUUAUAAAGAAGGGUCGAGACCCCAGGCAACUUCUGGAUGGAUUCUUUUUUCUUUUCUUUUUUCUUUUUAAUGAAAUACAUUUCAAACAACAAACUUUAAACAGAUCUGUUGUUAAUUUGUCAUGUUCAAAUCGUGCUGGUAUAAUUGUUUCUAAUUUGGGUAUGAUUGUAUUUUUUUGCAAACUCAUUAUUUUUCCCUAGAUAAUUCUGUUAAGUUUCUGUUAUUAGAGGGUUAUAAAAAUCUAUUCUAGAUUGACCAGAACUACUUGAAUUAAGAGCUUUUGUGACUCUAAUAACACUACAAUAAAAAAGAGAGCUUUAAUCAAAAGCCUCACUGAUCUGAAAAUAUCUGUGUGAUAAUCAUGUGCCUAGGGAAGAUGUUUUUUCUAACAAAUAAAGAAUUGUCUCUCAUGAUA